CUAGAAGCAGAACAAAAUCAAUUUGUACAAAUUAAUACAGAGGUACAUGUAUUUCCAGGACUGACUCAAGACCGAGGGACUUAUAUACUAUUCUCUUGUUUUCAUUUUACUGUAGGAAAACGCCAACUGUAUUAUGGCCUGUCAUCUGACGAAUUUGAGGUUAAUAUAAGCCUUGCCAAGCAUACCCUAGAUUUUUUGACCCAAAAGUACCUCAAGUGCAAGAAUGAGUCACUAACAGCACAAGAAAUCGACCAAUGUUCAAGAGCCCCUUGUGCAAAUGGAGCCACGUGCAAAGGCCAACUGAAUUCUUUCCAAUGCGUGUGCUUGCCUGGCUUUACAGGGAAAUUGUGUGAAAAUGACAUUGAUGAGUGUGCUAGUAACCCAUGCACCGCUGGAUCCACGUGUCAAAACCGCCACGGUCACUUUGUGUGCGCUUGUCCAGCAGGAUUUGCGGGGAAUCUUUGCCAGCAUGACAUUGAUGAGUGUGCUAGUAACCCAUGCACCAAUGGAUCCACGUGUCAAAACCGCCAUGGUCACUUUGAGUGCGUUUGUCCAGCAGGAUUUGCGGGAAAUCUUUGCCAGUUUGAUAUCAGUGAAUGUUCCAGUCGGCCGUGCCAGAAGGGAGGAACAUGUGUGGAUUUAGUUAACGGCUAUAGGUGCAUCUGCCCUGACGGACAUUAUGGAAAACAUUGUGAAGAGGUUGAUCACUGUCGCAGUCAACCAUGUCAAAAUGGAGCAACAUGCGUGAAUGGAACUACCACAUACAACUGCAUUUGCCCUGAGUCAGUAUAUGGAAAAAAUUGCGAAAAAGGGACAAAAUGUCUGCCUGGCGGCUCUAUUAGAAUUGGGAACACGUCCAUGGUCUUUCAAUAUAGUCCAGCAAAGUACUCUUCUUCUUCGUGGAUGAAAGAUUCCCAUCCCACAGAUCUAAGCUCUUCAAACAAAGUGUGGUUUUUCAAAGGAAAUCACAAUAAAGUUGUCGUUGCAUUUGACACUUUGGAAGACAUGAAACUAAGUAAGCAGAAUGCGUCAAAUACAAUAACUCUUCCAUAUUACUGGAUCGGAAACGGGCAGGUCGUAUACAGAAAUAAUUUGUAUUUUCAGUCAUACCGUACUAAGAAUAUUGUAAAAUAUGAUCUCCAGAAAAUGAAGAUUUUGAUUGAAGAAGAGAUAAAGGACUUAGAUAGUGGAACCAAUAAUAAUUAUUGUUACAAUCCGUUCGGUCCCAGAACUAUGGCUGACUUUGCCGUGGACGAGUUCGGACUGUGGUUAGUGUACGGGAACGUGACUGACAACUGUAACCUGGUCAUCGCCAAGAUAAACCCGGACACUCUCAAAGUGGAGAAUUCCUGGACGACGACCAUUUACAGCAGGACCAUCGGAGACACGUUCAUGAAAUGCGGAGUUCUUUACUGUGCGGCUAGCUACACUUCAUCGAGAAAUUACAUCCGCUAUACCUACGACACCAGUACUGGGAAACAGGAGAUGCCCUCGUCAAGAGAUGGAACUUACCAGCAACCUAGUUCACGCAACUCCAUGCUAAAUUACAAUCCACAUGAUGGUCUUCUGUAUUAUGCAGAUUACCGCAUGCACCCGUACAGUAACCUUGCCACGUUUCAAAUUGCGUAUUCAGUGUAA